CGCGUGAUUGGGCGAAGAAACCGCCCCCCCCCCCCGGGGAGGAAGCAGCUGACUAGUUCACAGGGCAACCCGCAGGAAGCUUCCCCGCUGGGAAAAAACAAAACCCAACAAAAAAAACGAAAAAAACCAACCGUCGGACGUCCAGGAAGCGGCGAGAGGUCGCUGUUUUCACUCUCAAGUCAGGAACAGAAUAAGAAAGUUAGCGGUAAUUACUCCGCUGUGGGUCGUUAGUGGGAUGCACAAGUCCCCCCGCUUCCGCCUCGUAGCGCUAAGCGGUUAACUAACUACGUCGAUCCGGAUUAUGAUGAACUUCGGCACAAAUGCCCAUUGCGGCAGUCACACUAGCAAAGAAAACAUUCCAACUUCAAGCAAAAUAGAUGCAUCACAGGUCCAGCGGGCCAAGCAGCGGACAGUGCUCGGUGUCUUAUCGGAUAACGAGCAGCGCGGUCGAUCCCUCAGCAAGGGGAGACAAUUUUCCAAACACAGCUCCGUCUCAGACAGUUCUCAGCACACCUUCCUUGGCUGUCCCUCCAGUUCCAGCUAUGAUGUGUAUGUUGAAGAGGCUUGUGAAGUUGUUCUUGCAGCUUCUGGUGAGGAAGUUGUUUCAGACAGCUAUUACCUGCAUACCGGGACUGCUGCCUUGCAAAAUGAAGAUGUGAGACUCCUGCUGGAGCUUAGUUCAAGUUCAUGCCAGGAUGCUUCUAUGCAAUCUGAACCAGAUGAAUCUCUGAUGUCGGAGGAGGUGCUGUGUGUGUCUGAAUACGCAAAGGACAUUCACCGACACCUGAGGGACAGUGAAAUGAAGUUCCGGCCACUGCCCGGCUACUUAGAGAAACAUCCAGAGAUCACCCAUGGCAUGCGGGUCAUCCUGGUGGACUGGCUGGUGGAAGUCGUCCGGGAGUACAAGCUUCGUUCUGAAACUCUGCACCUCGCUGUCAACUAUUUGGAUCGCUUUCUCUCCUGCACGGCAUAUGUAAAACGGGGCAAGCUGCAGCUGGUUGGCACAGCUGCAUUACUGAUUGCUUCAAAAUAUGAGGAGAUUUUCCCGCCAGAGCUGAAUGACUUUGUGUACAUCACAGACAGCACCUACACUAAGAAGCAGUUGGUGCGAAUGGAGCAUGUUUUCCUAAGAGUGCUGGCCUUCAAGAUGGCAGCACCCACCACAAACCAGUUCCUUCGCCUUUUCAUGUCCAUCCACUCUGUCUGUGCCAACACAGAAAACCUGGCCCUGUUUUUAGCUGAGUUAAGCCUGCUGGAAAUUGAACCGUUCCUACAGUACACCCCAUCUAUAGUGGCAGCUGGAGCUUACUCUCUAGCCACCUACACUGUAAACAAAUCUCUCUGGCCUGAUUCCUUAUAUGCCUUUACUGGCUAUACCAUGGCUGAAAUUGUGCCCUGCCUGACUGACCUCCACCAGCUAUACAUCAGUGCAGAGAGUCGCCCACAGCAGGCCAUCAGGGAAAAGUAUAAGAGUUCGAAGUAUUGUCGCGUUUCGUGGAUCAGUCCACCCACUGUUCUGCCUUUCCUAUGAAUCACUGCUCCACCCUUCUUCUGACGCUUCUGC